AUGCUCUUCACUAGGUUCGCCGCUGUGCUCGCGGCCGCGGGCAUGGUCCACGCCCAACGCCCGUCAAACGUGUCAAUAUGUGACUACUACACGACGGCUCUGCUGCAGAACAACACGGCCGAGAACCAGUACAAGCUGCUGACGUUGCUCGUUAACACGGCCGUCAUCGGCAACUACACGACCCCGAAUGUCGGCGUUGCCGUCCCGGGCAUCCUUACUCCGGGUACCUUCAACGGUACCGCCGUGAAGCUGGCACCCUACUUCACCGGCGCGCUGGCGUCGACGAAUUCCGGAGGCACAUCCGGCCAGUCGGUCAACUUCCUCGACGGCGGCGGCGCCGCUCCGCUCCAAAAGAACAUGCCCGCCGAGGACAACACGUCCAACCAAUACUUCCUGCUCACGCACCUGUACUCCUUCUUCGGCGCGCUGCUCAAGUGCAGCGGCUACAGCCAGCCGAGCUUCCCGAGCUACGCCGGCAGCGCGUCCAUGUACGACGUGCACAAGUUCAUGGCGCUCGACGCGGCCGAGGUCGGCUACUUCAUCGCCCAGGUCGCGCUGGCGGGCGCGUCGUUCGGCGUCGCCGAGAGCGACCUGAUGGCCGUCGGCGCCGCGCUGAGCGGACUGUUCGCGCAGCGCUGCUCCCCGCCCACCGAGGUCGUGCCCCCCCAGGGCUCCGCCUUGCAGGCCAUCUGCAUCCAGUCUGACUGUCCGCUGGCAGAUGGUGCCAUGUGCGGGUUGUAUGACACUGUUGUUGAGCCGGCGAAUGCUACUGCUACUGCUGGUGGUACGACUUCGUCGUCGGCGACUGCGACCACGACGGGCGGGGUGACUGGGACUGGGACUGGGACUGGGACUGGGGGUAGCAGUACCGGAACGGCGGCAGCGACCCCUACGAGCACUGCGGGCGCUGCUUCGGUCGGAUGGAGUUUGAUGGCUAUUGCAGGCGGGUUUGUGGCGUUGAUGAUCUGA